AUGAGCUUGAAGAAGGCCAGCCGUACCAAGAGCCUGUCGUUGAGCGGCGAUGACUUUCCGCUGCGUCCAGCAACUGGGGCCGGAAAUGUCGCGGGCAAACCGAAGGCCACCUUCAGCACGGUGAAGCGGCCCGAGGAUACGCUCAAGAUAAUGAAGUACAUCGAUGAUAACGUGAUCGGGAAAGGUGUCGCAUUUCUGGGACCGUACGGUCGUCGUAAAGUGGUAUAUGCCGACUAUGCGUCGUCUGGGCGUUCGUUGCAGUUUUUAGAAGAUUAUAUAAAUAAGGAAGUUUUACCGGCGUUUGGUGAUAUCAGCUGCAUAUCGGCCGUUACAGGAUUGCAGUCACAUUUAUAUGACAAUGAAGCCCGGGACCUGGUGCGUGCAGCGGUCGGUGCCAACGGUGAAGAUGAGAUCGUUUUCUGUGAUAAUCCCGCUGAACGGUUGUGCUAUCUGCUGUCGAAUCCAAACGUGUGCGACCUCACUCCAUCCCAGUUUCACAGCAGUUCUCACAGUGCCAUUAGCAAUCUUUCCCUCGGCGCGUUGCACCAGCAGUCGCUACAGCUCGGAACUUCACUCCGGCACAAUAGUUUCUCCAAUACUUCCAACCUCUCGGACAGCGUGGUAGACGUUAGUAGCCAGCACCAGCAGAGCCUGUCGGUAGCGCCACCGAUCCUGUUCGUGAGCACCUCCGAACCGAUAGCUAACCUACGCUCGUGGAUCGAUGCCGGUUGGCAGAUCGAGCGUAUAGUGAAAAACCACGAAGGCUUCCUGGAUUUGGUCGAUUUGGAGAAACGGUUGCAGCACUACUCCGAGUCACGGCGAAAGAUGGUCGGUCUGUUCUCCGGUGCGUCCCGGCUGACGGGCAUUCUGGCGGACGAUGUGGCAACCACGAUUCUACUGCACCAGUACGACGCACUUUCCAUAUGGGACCACUCGAUGGCGGCAUCGUGUGCACCGAUCUGCACCAACCCGAUCCUACCCGGUGCACAGAAGGAUGCCAUAUUUUUCCACUGCAAUCGGCUGGUCGGUGGUGUGCAGGCCCCCGGGGUGCUAGUCAUUAAGCGUAGACUAAUUGAACACAGUACCUCUUUUCUGACGGAUUCCGUCGGUGUGGUCGGUGCGGUACGAGCGGGACUCGUGCUGCAGCUGAAGGAAUCGCUCGGCUCGCAGGCGAUCAUGGGUCGCAUGGAGAAGACGUGCAAGCAAAUGUUGGCCCACGUGCGUACCAUUCCGGAGAUUGCGCUGCUCGGUCCGCCGUGCACAACGGCCAAACGGCUCACGACGCUCUGCUUUAUGGUGCGCCAUCCAAGGGGCGCCUUCCUGCACCAUCGGUUCGUGGUAGCUGUGUUGAACGAUGUGUUCGGUAUUCAGGCGACGGCCGACAAUAUGGUGAGCGAUUCGCUCGGUAUCAAUCCACAGCUGAUGGUCGAGUAUGAAAAGCUACUGCACGACGAAUCCUUGAGGGCGGGCUGUCUGCAUCCCGGCUACACCCGCAUCACGUUCCCAUUCUUCAUGCCCGAAUCGGAAGUAGCCUUCAUCUUGGAAGCGCUUAAAAUGGUCGCUACCGAGGCCUGGAAGCUGCUGCCCCAGUACGAAGUGGACGAACGGUCCGGCGAGUGGCGCCACCAUUCAAACUCGCUGGCAAAGGAACGCAAAUGGCUCGGCGCCAUCCGGUACAUCGAUGGGAAAAUGUUAUUCUCCGACCGGCGCAUUUCGGGCCCCGGUUCAUUCCCCCAGAACUACUCCGACUGUUUGCAGACGGCGCGGAAUCUCUUCAACCGGGCACGUAAAAUGGCGCAACGGUCCACCACGGAGGAAAUCGUACUGAAGCACCCGAACGCGGCAAUGGAGAAGCUGCGAUGGUAUAUGUUGUCGGGCGAGGCGCACGAAUUGCUGCUAGGGCACUCACAUAACGUAAAAAACACUGUACCUUUCGAUCCUACUAGAAUACCUGAGAAUUCGUCGCUGAUGUUGAUUCAUCGACACCACAGCCUGUCGGCGUUGGACAUUAAACGGUUCAAGAGCCGCAGUUUGCCAGCGUCUCCGCUGCAGAUAGCGAACCGUCGUCAGAACUCAUCCUCCCCGUGUCAGUCGCACAGUCCCACACCGACGUCCUCACCGCCCAUGGUGCGAUUUUCGGUCGGAGGUGAAGUCACGACCUUGCUCAACUCUUCCCCGAUGGCAACGGGCCACAGCAGCCAUAGUACCUCCGCCGGGAUCGUCCCAGCUUCUUCCGGUCCCAUCGGGCGUGACAUGAACGUCAGCCGUAACAGAUGUCACAGCUGGGGAGCGGCCAGCUAUCGCACACAAGCCGGUGGCCUUACUACACGGGACGUGAACUUAAGCACGGCAACGCCCAACGGACAUGACACCACUCAGCCGGCCAAUUCGAUUGCCCCAACCGUUAAUGCGAGCCUGCACGCAUUGGGACCACAGACACGCGCGAGCCUUGGGUUGGUGGAACCGCACCAGCACCUACCGUACAGCGUGCAGCGAUCAUAUCAAACGCAACAGUCAAUGCCGGCGGCCGCGUCACAGCAGCAACGGCCGCCCCAGCUGCGACGUCCACUGUCGGUGGUGGGUACUUCGCCGAUUCCGCUGCCCGCGACGACUGUUCGCCUACCGAAGCAGAGAUCCUGUUCGUGCAGCAGUCAGACGGACGUUAGUCUGCAGCAGCAUGAAAGCUCACCGCUGCCGGGCACGGCGUCACCGACACCGAGCCUUCCUAAUCUACGGUCGCUAAUGGGAAGUAGCUGCAGUGAGAGCACGGAAGAUAUCCAGGCGUACGUGAAGGAGAUGACGAAGGAGCUGGCCACCGAGAUCAAGUCCGAGAUACGGGAGGUGAUCAGCAAGGUGGAGGACGUCCUGGAGAGUACGGACAGCAUUGAGAUGAGCAGCCUGGUUAACUUCAAUUCGCUCGGACAGUUAAGCCAUCUACCGGUGGAAAACAAACGCGAUUCCAUCUCUACCAGUGAUGUGGUCGACUACUUGCGCGAGUUCAGCAAAGAGAUGACGAACGAGGUGAAGUCCGAGAUACGGGAUGUCGUGAACGCGGUGGACGAAAUCAUAUCCCCGGAAGGAUUUCUUGGCUCGCGCAAAAACUCACCCCCGGACAUAGUGCGCAAUGGGGUGGCGGCUGGUGGAACGGUCGCCGGCAACCAUGGCCACCCAGCAGCUGGAGGACACAAACUCUUGAUCAAACAACGGUACAGCGAUGUAACGCCGGACGCAAAGAUCCAUCGGCCACGGUCGGCCGACAACGACAAUAGCAAGCACCGAUCGGAAUCGUUCCCGAGACCCUGUUCGGCCGCCAGUCCGGAACAUAUGGGCAUCAUGGGGCCACCGCACCCUUACGCCGUUGGUGCGAUUGCGAAGUGUUUCGAUCCACGGUCCACCAUGUCCUCGCAGGAUUCGGGUAUCAAUAUGAACUUUUGUGAGUCAGCCGAGGAAAGUAACCGGGCGCGCGUGGGACGAAUGGCCGGCAACGAUAGAAUACGCACAGUCUCCGCCGAUGUGGACGGUUCCAGCAAGCACACCAUCGCACCGCGACGCCUCAUAUCGGAACCGUCGGGUGGCUCGAUCCUGGAAACAUCUCCCACUGCGGAUGGUGGUGCUGGUCACGCAGACAACGGUACCGCCGGUGGCAAGAACCCGCUCACCCGUCAGCAGCACGUCCUCAACCGCACACCGUCGGGCGAUGCGGGACCCAUCGUUCCGGCACCAUGCGUCUCCACCAUCCAGUGGCACCAGAUGCCGAAGGAAGUUUGGAAGCAGGCAGCCGAGGCGCUAGACGAAUAUCAAAUGCUGAAGGAAGGCGAUCGUGUCCUGGUGUGUCUGUCCGGCAGCAGCUCGUCCCUGUGCUUAUUACAUCUUCUGCACCAGUUUCGCCAAACCCGGCAAUUAAAGGUGGACCUGGCCGCCGUCACCGUUGGCGGUGGGGACUGUGGAGUUGACCCGCGAACACUAAUGCUGUACCUGAAGGAGCUCGGUGUGACGUACUUCUACGAGCCGCUUGCUUCACACGACUCGGUUAGUGAACAGCUGAUGCAUCACGCCCGGCACAGGCAGUACAAUGUGCUAGCGAUGGCCAGCACGCUAGACAAGCUGGCCGAUCGGUUCCUCUCAUCACUGCUCUACCGCGGGGAGCUGUGCGCACUGCAGGCCGUACAGCGUUCCGAGCCGGCAUCGAAAUCACUCGAGGGAGAUGUGCGGAUCAUUCGGCCGUUGCUGUUUGUGCGCGAGAACACAUUCGAAGCGUUUGCCACCACGCGCGGCAUGCCGUCACGCUCACUGACGGCGCGGUCCACCGGUGGCGACACAUUGCGCGAGCUGUUGCACAAGCAAGAGCUGAUCAAUCCGCUCGUAUAUCACAACAUUCGGAAUGCCCUAAGGCCGAUCCUUUCACUGCGCCCAACGGAAGCCUCCAAAUCGGCGUACGAAAUGCUUCGAUCGUCCUUAAACACGCGCGAGUAG